ACAAACACUGGCGGUGGUAUUGUAACAGAAAAAAAUCGUGAGCAAAUUGAAGCUGAACGUAAAGCGAAAAAACAAGCAAAACAGGCUGCCAAACUAGCUAAAAGCAGUGGAAGCAUUAGUAAGGAAAUAACGGGAAUCACACAGAAAUUAUCCGAUCUACAAAUCAGUAUUCCCAAAACAACAACUACAACAGCACAAACAGCGGCUACACCAGUUGAGAAUGUAGAAGAAAAGAAACAAUCAAUUACAAAAACGGAUAUAAAACCCACAGUGGUUACUAAAGAUGUAGGUUUAGGUGGAGAAAAAUCUCGUGAACAAAUCAAAGCUGAACGUGAAGCCAAAAAACAAGCAAAGCAAGCUUCUAAAUUAGCCAAAAAUACGAAUACGGAUACGAAUAAAGAAGUAACGGAGUUGAAUACAGAAUUGUCUAAUACGGUUUCAAAACAAUCAGUAACAGUGCCAGCUAGCGAAACAAUAACAAGUUCUGUAGAAGAAAAGAAAAAACCUGCACUCACAAAAGCUGAAAGGCGCGCAAUACAAGAAGCACAACGUGCUGCAAAAGCGCAAGCUUUAACUGCAAAAAGUUCUACAACCAAACCGGCUAUCAAUGAUAAAUCAGCAACAGUUGCCAAAACUGCAUCUCCUCCAAUCACCAAAGAGACUAAAUCUCCAAGUGCUAAAGCUACUACUACUACUUCUCCUGCAAAGCAAAGCAAAUUUAUUGACAUUAAAAUGCGGCUAUUUAGCCACUUAGAGUGCGCACGAACUGAUGUCAGCCUAUUUGUGAACAACUCACAAAUCCAUCCAAGCAUUGCGCGCUUAGGUGAACAAUAUGCACAUCGUACAAUAGUUGGUUCGAAUGCUAGAUGCAUUGCCUUUCUAAAUGCGCUGAAAAUGGUUAUCCACGACUUUGAAACUCCACCUAAGAAAGAAUUUUCACGCAGCUUGGAAGUUUUUAUCAAAAAUUGUGUGGAACACUUACAAAAAUGUCGUCCACUAGCAGUUUCCGUUACGAAUGCCUAUAAGCAUAUUAAACAUGUACUGACACAACUGCCAACUGAACAGCCAGAAUCUGAGCUAAAAGGAAAUUUAUGUCACUUUAUUGAUACUUACAUUGAGAAUCAAAUUGGAAAAGCUGCACAAGCUAUCAGCAGUUCUAUGCAGGAAAAAAUUUGUAAUGGUGACGUUAUAUUAACUUUUGGUUGCUCCUCACUUAUAAAUUUCAUUUUCGAAGAAGCUCAAAAGCGUGGUGUCAAUUUUCGAGUUAUAGUUGUUGAUUCACGUCCAUUCUGUGAAGGUCAAGAGCUGUUGCGCCGUCUUGCUGCUAAGGAAAUACCUUGUACUUAUGUUCUGAUAAAUGCGCUGGGCUUUGUUAUGCGUGAGACAACAAAAGUUUUGUUAGGUGCUCAUGCAUUACUUGCAAAUGGUUAUGUGAUGGCUCGCACUGGUACAGCUCAAGUUGCUCUGGUAGCGCGUGCAUUUAAUGUACCUGUCUUGGUGUGCUGCGAAACACAUAAAUUUAGUGAACGAUUCCAAACCGAUGCAAUUGUGUACAAUGAAUUGGGCAAUCCAAACGAUUUGGUUAUAAACGACAAAUGUUGUUUGACGAACUGGCAAGCGAAAGGCAAAAUGACACCAUUGAAUUUGAUCUAUGAUAUUACUCCUCCCGAAUUGGUCACUGCUGUAGCUACUGAAGUAUCGAUAUUACCAUGCACAAGCGUGCCUGUUAUUUUGCGCAUCAAACCGACGGAAAUUGGCUACUACAGCUAAAUAUCUCGAAAACUGUAAGUUGAUUUGGUGUUAAUCUUGUCCGACUAAAUUUAUUGUAGCGAAAAUAUAUAAAUAUAUAUUUAUUUUAGUUACAGUUCUUAAGAUUUCUUUAAAGUUAAAUUUAAUGUACUCUAUGAAUGUUACAUUCUACUGGUUUUAUAAUAAUAAACAUUUGUUUUUACAAGACUUUUUAA